AUGUGGCCCAUCAUCAGAGGCGGCUGUUCUUGGCCAGCGUCCGUCGGCUCUGUCACUGCGGCGCUACUCCUCGCCGCCGUCAUCGUGCGCCUCUUCAUCCCCCGUGUCUGGUCUUCAUCAGGAAUUAGAAGGCAGGUAACGGCGAGCGGCACGGCCGGAGGAGCACGGCUCCCUGCCGGCUCGCUUGGGUGGCCGCUCCUCGGCGAGACGCUGGCGUUCAUCCGGGCUGCGUACUCCCCCCGCCCGGAGUCCUUCGUCGAGAAACGCCGCCUCUUGUACGGCAAGGUGUUCAAGUCGCACCUGUGGGGUUCGCCGGCGGUGGUGAGCUCGGACCCGGAGGUGAGCCGCGCGGUGCUGCAGGCCGACGCGUCGGCGUUUGUGCCGUGGUACCCGCGGUCGCUCAUGGAGCUGAUGGGGCAGUCGUCCAUCCUGGUGCUCGGCGGCGGCCUGCAGCGCCGGGUGCACGGCCUCGCGGGCGCCUUCUUCAAGUCGCCGCAGCUCAAGGCGCAGGUCACUGCGGACAUGCAGCGCCGCGUCGUCCGCGCCAUGGACACGUGGAGCAGGCGCCACCACCGGAGCAUGAGCAGCAACGGCGGCGGCGCACCGCCCGUGCGCGUCCAGGACGAGGCCAAGUCGAUUGUGUUUGAAAUCCUAGUGAGAGCGCUGAUUGGGCUAGAGGAAGGAGACGAAAUGCAGUACCUCAGGCAACAAUUUCAAGAAUUCAUUGCCGGUUUGAUAUCACUUCCAGUUAAGCUUCCGGGGACUCAACUCUAUAGAUCCCUAAGGGCUAAGAAGAGGAUGACAAAGUUGAUAAAAAUGAUCAUCCAAGAGAAGAGGAAGAAGAUGAUCGCCGAAGGCGAGCAUACGCGUGGCACUCAUCCACGUGAUAUGAUCGACGUGCUGCUAGGCAAUGACAACGACGAGCUCACUGACGAGCUGAUAUCUGACAACAUGAUCGACUUCAUGAUCCCUGCAGAGGACUCCGUGCCCGUGCUCAUCACGUUGGCCGUCAAGUAUCUCAGCGAAUGCCCACUAGCUCUGCAGCAGCUCGAGGAGGAGAACAUGGAGCUAAAGAGGCAGAAAUCAGACGCCGGAGAAACCCUAGAAUGGACAGACUACAUGUCGCUCACCUUCACACAGCACGUGAUCACGGAGACGCUGCGGAUGGGCAACAUCAUAAACGGGAUCAUGCGGAAGGCGGUGCGGGAUGUGGAGGUGAGGGGACACCUCAUCCCCAAGGGCUGGCGCGUCCUCGUUUACUUCCGCGCCGUCCACCUCGACGCCGCCGUCCAUGACGACCCGCACGCCUUCAACCCCUGGAGGUGGAAAGAGAGGGCCGACGUGGUCAUGAGCAGCAGCGGCUUCACCCCCUUCGGCGGCGGCCAGAGGCUGUGCCCUGGGCUCGAUCUGGCCAGGCUCGAGGCCUCCAUCUUUCUGCACCAUCUCGUCACCAGUUUCAGGUGGGUGGCGGAGGAGGACACCGUCGUCAACUUCCCCACGGUGAAGCUCAAGCGAGGGAUGCCAAUCGCAGUGACGCCCAGAACCUGA